CUGCUGUGUACGUUAACGACAUUUUCGAGGGACGUCACAGCACCCGAGUUCGCUUAUUGCCUACUAGCUGCUUUGCAAAUAUGCUCAACGUCUCUGCGGUUAUCGGCUGUUAUGCUAGCCUAGCGGCUUGGUGAGGGGAACUACCCUAGAUGCAGAACAGACAGGAGACGUCAUCAACAUUUUCCUGUAUUUAAAUGGUUGCGUAUGAAGAGGUCAUUGCUGGAAAAGGAGAGAUUAGUCGGUAAAACAAUACGGUGAAAGCCAAAAGUGAACUGAAAAUUUACUGGGUUUCCUAAAUGGGGGACUACGGCUUUGGAGUUCUAGUGAAGAACAGCAGUGGUAACAAAUCUGCUUUCCCUGUAAGGAUUCCUCCUCACCUUCAAACCCAGCACCCUCAUCACCCCUCAACCCCCCCUAGCCCCCCUUCCUUCGUAAACAACACCUGCUCCACCAAUGGGGGCAGUGCUUGGCUGUUCCCUUCUGUAGCACAGCACAGUAACAUGCAAGAUGAGAUUCUGGAGUCAGACAAGUCCAAGGCCUUGGACCUCCAAGACAUGCAGGAGAAGUCUCAGGUCCAGACCCAGCCGCAGGCCCUGUCUCCGAGCCAGCAGGAGCCUGGAGGAGGCCUAGGAGAGCUUGAGGGAGCUCUUCCUGAAGAUAGUUCGUUGGAGAAAGGCUCCUUGGAAAACAGCGGUGGGAAGGAGAAGUUGAGGAUGGAGUCCCCUGUGCUAAGUGGAUUUGACUACCAGGACAGUCUGGGAAUGGGUACCAGCUGUGCACAGUCCACCUCCUCUUCAUCUUCUUUGACCAGCUUCAAUAAUUGGUCCCCAGCUGUCCCAUCCACCCAGUCUCCAGUGGUUGGGGAAGAUGUUGGAGGGUUCUUUGGACCUGCUGGCUCCAACACCAAUGGCGCUCCUUUACUGUUCCAGAACUUCUCUCACCAUGCUGGCCCUGGCUUUGGAGUGGGAGGUAGUUUCUCAGCACAGAUUGGACCAGUCUCCCAACACCACCCUCCUGCACCUCAUCCCCAGCACUACCACCCCCAUGGCCAAGGAGUUCCACAACAGCACCGACGCUCCCCAGCUAGCCCUCAUCAGCACCAGCCUUCCUUUCCUCCGCAUCCCCACCGCACUGGACCAUUCACCCAACUGCCCCACCUUGCUCCUUCUCAGAACAAACCCCCUUCACCUUGGGGUAGCUACCAGAGUCCUUCCACUCCCACAUCCACCUCUUGGAGCCCAGGUGGCUAUGGUGGAUGGGGAGGCACACAGGGGUUUCGGGACUACCGGCGGGGAGUAGGUGGAGGGAUGACGGGCCUUAACUCUAUCUCCCCACUUAAGAAGUCCUUCCCCAAUAACCAGGUUCCUUCGCAGAAGUUUCCUAGAAAUACCUCUGGCAUCAAUCACAAGGGCUGGGUGGAGGACAGCAUGAGUCGCAAUGACAAUGUUUAUCCUUUCCAGCAGGAGAGAACACGGCCUUUCGAUGGUUUCAGCAUGCAAUCUCUGGAGAACUCCCUGAUUGACAUUAUGAGGGCUGAACAGGACUCCUUAAAAGGACGCUACAGCUUCUCUCACCAGAGUGGUGAUGGGCCUCUACCUAUGAAUGCGAGAAGUUAUGGCAGAAGACGAGGCCAUUCGUCUCUGUUUCCCAUGGAAGAUGAACGCUCUUUUGGAGAAGAUGAGUCAGGUGACCAUGGACUUGCUGGCCUUGGUUCAACCCACUGUUUCCCUCACCUCAACGGUGAACGUGUGGAGCGUUAUUCUCGUAAGGUGUUUGUCGGAGGGCUGCCCCCAGACAUAGAUGAAGAUGAAAUUACUGCCAGUUUCCGUCGAUUUGGCCAUUUAUUUGUAGACUGGCCCCACAAGGCUGAGAGCAAGUCUUAUUUUCCACCAAAAGGAUAUGCAUUCCUGCUGUUUCAAGAUGAGAGCUCUGUCCAGGCUCUGAUUGAUGCCUGCAUUCAAGAGGAUGGAAAGCUUUAUCUGUGUGUCUCCAGCCCUACUAUUAAAGAUAAACCUGUCCAGAUCCGGCCCUGGAACCUUAAUGACAGCGAUUUUGUAAUGGAUGGCUCUCAGCCACUGGACCCGAGGAAGACCAUUUUUGUAGGAGGUGUUCCGCGUCCACUACGUGCAGUUGAGCUUGCCAUGAUCAUGGACCGUCUGUAUGGGGGAGUGUGUUAUGCUGGGAUCGAUACAGACCCUGAACUCAAAUAUCCAAAAGGCGCAGGGAGAGUGGCCUUCUCCAAUCAGCAAAGCUACAUUGCAGCCAUUAGUGCCCGAUUUGUUCAACUGCAACACGGGGAGAUUGAUAAACGGGUGGAAGUGAAGCCAUAUGUCCUGGACGACCAGCUGUGCGAUGAGUGCCAGGGCACCCGCUGUGGGGGGAAGUUUGCUCCUUUUUUCUGCGCCAACGUGACCUGUCUGCAGUACUACUGUGAGUACUGCUGGGCAGCCAUCCAUUCUCGGGCCGGGCGCGAGUUUCACAAGCCGCUGGUGAAGGAGGGAGGAGACCGACCACGACACAUCUCCUUCCGCUGGAACUGAGGCAAGGAGGGUGGAGGGGUUGGGGGGGAACAGGAUCGGGGAGCGACUGAGAUAUUAGGGAGGGGGUACGGGCUGUGAUAUGAAAUAUAAAUGCACUUUUCUUUUAAGUUUAAUAAAAAAAAAAAGAUAAUUUAUUUUAUUUUUUAUUUGGCCUUCUAGAAGAAGCAAAUGCUAAGAAGAGUGAAAUCCCAUUUAUGUUUUGACUUUAAGUGUGCAUGAGCAUAUGGAUGCAUUAGAUUUGGAUUUAGUUUUUUUUUCUUUUUUUUACUUGACUGCUUUUUUCCGUUUUUGGUAUUAGCUGGCAAAGCUGCUUACAUUUGUUGUUGAAAGUAACAUAAAAUUUAAGUGGAGGUUCAUCAUACCUAAAUCAGUACACGAACUAUGAAAGUUUAAUUUAAGAAGGGUGCAUUUUCUUAUUUUUGCAGGAUUAGAGAAGAACUGUACCAUUUACCAAAGGUUAAGUGCAAAUUGUAGGAACUCUGUUUCAGAUGGAUGGAUUAUUGAGUUUUUCAAGCAGCUCAGUGUAUAGCAUCUGGCCACGUCACAAAACAAAAUCUCCCCUCGGUUUGGCACACGUUUAGAUUGAUGGCAUGAGUUUUUAGGACUUGGUAUGAAAGUCAACACUUUGUAACCAGACAGGGCAAACCAAAGAUUGGCCUAAAUACAUCAUCAAGAAAAAAGAAAAAAAAGUGGUUGAUCUAAGGGUUUCAGGAUAAUGUCCUCUUGUCGUGCAACAGAGGAAAGGCUGCAGUUUCGGUUUGUGGGUUUCAGCUGAUAGACACAGCCCUCAGGGCUCAGGUAUUGGCAGUAGUAUUUAUUCACUUUAUAUCGUCAGGGAUAUUAGCACUGGAAGCUAACAUGCUAACGUAGUACUAACUAAUGGGAAUGCACAGUCCAGUCUCCCUGAGCUGUCCUCAUGGUGUACCACUGCACGCUCUGCUGUGACUGGAGCUUCUAUCACAAGUGUUGUGGUUGGAUAUGGUAGUAGCUAGAAUUUGCUGUCACAGAGAUAAAGAUAUUAUUUUAUACAUGGCCUGCUGAUUUUUGUACAGUGUUUUAUAGCUGAUUAUUUUGUCAUGAACAUAUAUACAUUUAUUAUGCACUACUUUUUCUAAAUAUUUUUUUCAAUAGUCAUUUUAGGCACAUUUUUCACAAAUGGGAGAACUCCUUUUGCAAUACCUCAUUUUUUUCACUUGGUGAAAAAUAAUUUUGUACCUUUGUUACUAAAAGAUCUGCAUUUAUGGUAAACUUCAUUUAAAAAAAAAUGAAUGAUAUAAUUUUCAAUUAGCUUUUAUAUAUUUAAGUGCUGGUAAAUCUAAAAACUGUCUGAUGCAUUGGUGUGAUUCUGUAGAUUUAAAAACAAAAAAAAGGAAAACAGAAUAAACUUUAAAAAAAGAGGCUAUCACUAGCCAGUCGUAUACAGAUUCUCCUAUCUCCUAUUAAACAUAAUUACAGGAUCCUAAGGCAUGGCAAGACCUUUCUAAUCGGAUUUUGAUAGUCUUGAAUAUAAUCUGAUAUUUUGCUCCUAGGUGUAGUAAAUAAGAUUAUUAUUAUGAUUAUUAUUAUUAGGGUAAAUGUUUUGGCUUUGGUCAAUGUGAAAUCUUCCCUUCUACCACUGGAGUGGAUAUCAGCUGUAUGAAUAUUUAGAUCCUCUUUCUGAGAAUGCCUGUAAGUUCUACUUAUUCUUGGCAUGCAUAAGUGAUAACAUGGCUAGUGAUAAUGCAGGACCUAAUGUAAUGCACUAGACCUUUUUCCUUUUUAACCUUUUCUUUUUCUCUUUGAGAUAGCCUCUCUUGUAGCCUCUCUUUUCAUGAUUGAGUCUGCCUUCCUUACACAGACAUGAUGUUUAUGCAAUAUACACCGUGACAACACUUUUGGAUGUGUUUUUGUAAUGUGGAGGACACUCAGUAGGACAUAGAUGAGGAGACUUGAUCACUUGACCCCCCCUUUGUGAUGUGGCAUGCUUUGGGACAUAACCUGAAUGUGAUUUAAUGUUGCAAGUUAUCUUUGAGCCAUUAUGUGCAAUACUUAUUCUUUUUCCAGAAACAGUUCUCCGCAGUCUAAGUCAUUUGAUCCAUAUAAAUCAUGCAGUCUUUUUACAAACUUUUUGUUUCCUGUUGUUCAUGCUGAUGUCUGCAAAAGAAAAAAAAUAAUUUAUACCUGAAUUUAUUUUUAAACAUUAGUUUUGUGCUUAUUUACUUAUUUUGCUACUACCAUGCUACUGUGAUUGAAAACAUUGUAUAUACUAGGUCGAUAAUGUAUUUAGCAUUUGCUCUAUUUUCAACUGAAAUUGUAUAACUAUCAUUUGGAUCAGAUUUUUUUUUUUUUUUUGGGGUGAUGUGUUAAACUCUAUGUCUAGUUUUUCUAAUUGCUGUAAUGUGCUCCACAUUUUCACAUGAAAAGAAAAUUGAUUGUCUGUUAGUAUUACGUGAUUGCAAAAUUUCAAUAGUUUUUAAUUGAAUGCUGGGAAGGUUAUUUAUUAACUUUUUUUUUUUUACCUGGUAUCAUUAUGAUUUUUAUUAAGUCAUUUCACAUUUCUAUGUAAGUUCUUUUUCUUUUCUUUUUUUACAUUUUCUUCCUGAUUUAAUUUACGCUACAAUACAGACAUCAGUUUUUAUAGUUGGUUUGUAGUACUGAAGUAAAAGAUUUAAUGUCAUAUAUUCAUUUGCUGCCAACUGUAACUGUAUGCAUACAUUUGAAGUAUUUGUAAUGUGAGAAGUUGAACGAAUAAAACAGCUGUGAGGAA